AGUUUGCAUUCAGUGUCGGCAUAUCGGCAGUGAAAAUAUAGCUGCAUCGAUGUAAUUUAGGAAUAUAUAAAUUGUUAGAGAACAGACACUCCCAAAUGAAUAUUGAAAAGAAAUAAAAUAUCUGCUGGAAAUAAGUUGGUAAAUAGAGUGAAGUUCAUAGAUGAGAAACUCGGAAUGAUGGCAAGGCACAAAGAAAUCACGUUAGUAACUUUUCUCAUAAAAGGUUUCAAAAUGGAGUAGAUAUUCAUUUGUUGUUGUUCUAAUAAGACAACGUGUGUGUUUGUUUAUAAGACUGCUGAUAAAAAGUUGAGUACUUUUAUUUAUAAGACGUCCAAUAGGUGAAGUAUCUUUAUAAUUUGACGACAGUGUUAUUGAUGGUUUUGCAGUAAACAUUUACUCAGCUAUUUGGAUGCUGGAUCUAUGUAUGACCUUUGUGUAUUUUCAUUCACUCUUCACUUUAAGGGAUGAAGAUCUGGAGAAGUGAAGCGGUGCACGGCUUCUCCUGCUCCAGGAGUAUGCACUUGAAGUCUUCAUGGUGAUAAAAAUCGUUCAUGUUGGAACGGUGGGCAGCACCGUGGCAGGCAUUUGGCUGCUGCUACUGGCGGGGCUGUGGGGGCGCGCUUCUGCAGGUAUCCUGCUGGCGCAGUACCCUGGCCCCGAUGAUCUCCCUGAGCGCUUUUGGCAUAUGGCAAUCGAUCAAAAAACUCAGAGAGUCUUCGUGGGCGGCACGAAUCGCCUUUUGCAACUUGAUGGAAAUCUCCGCCUCGAACAAGUGGUGACUACCGGCCCCAAAAACGACAGUCCUUCCUGCCACGCUACUGGAUGUAAUGACCCUAAUAUACCCCUGUCUUUAAUGGAUAAUUACAAUAAAAUAUUACUUAUAGAACCGGACUCAAGAGUCUUAAUAUCUUGCGGUUCUUUGUCCCAAGGUGCUUGCUAUAAAUAUAAACUUAGUAAUAUAAGUGCAGAAUCCCAGUUUAUUCCUAUAAGUAUAGCUGCAAACGAUGCAAAUGCAUCUACGUAUGCAUAUAUAGGCCCUAAGAAAUACAAUCUAUGGGGUCGUUCGAAUAUUCUUUAUGUAGGGACAACGUUUACAAACAACGGAGACUUUCGACAUGAUGUACCAGCAAUAGCUAGUCGUGAUCUGGAGACGUUAGAUAUUGCGGAGUUAACAUUUAGUAAACAAUCUCUGUUAAGUAUUGACGUUAAAUACAGAGAUCAUUUUAUUGUACAGUACGUAUACGGUUUUAAUGCUAGUGAAUACGCCUACUUUGUUAUUGUUCAAAAACAAUCGCAUUUGCCCGGACAGGAGGAACAGGGAUACGUCUCACGACUUUCAAGAACUUGUAUAAAUGAUCCAAAUUAUGACAGCUAUACAGAAGUUACGUUACAGUGUAUAGACGGAGAUACGAAAUAUAAUCUAGUACAAGAUGCAAAAAUCGCUUUUGCCAAAGAAGAACUCGCUUCGGCUUUAGGCAUAACCGUAGGCUCUCCGGUUUUGGUAGCUAUCUUCAGACCCUCAAAAAGUAUAACAAAUGAACCUCAAAAUCACUCGGCGUUGUGUCUUUAUCCCUUACGUGACAUAGAAGGGAAAUUUAUUGAAAAUAUCCAUAUGUGUUUCAACGGCAGCGUUAAAGAUAGAAAUAUGGGCUAUGUAUCUGGACCUAUUUUGGAUGGGAAAUGUCCUAGCAGCGGAUCUGCUGGUAAUAUUCCAAACUUCUGUGAAGUUGGAUUGAAAAUCAGUGGUCUCACACCUUUGGUAACUACUGCAUCACUUGUAUUCCCUAAUAUAUCCUUAUCAGCAGUUACAACCGGAUCAACAGGACGACACGUAUUGGCAUUCCUUGGAACUACAGAUGGUAGAAUCAAAAAAGUUUUGUUAUCUGGACCGGAACCACCAGAAUAUGAGGAAGUUUUUGUUGAUGACGGGAACCCAAUUUUACCAGAUACAACUAUAUCUCCAUCUGGUGAUUUUCUCUACGUCUUAUCGACAGCAAAAGUAUCAAAAAUAAAUGUAGAACAUUGUAGUACAUAUACUAAUUGUUCAUCGUGUUUGGAAUCUAAGGAUCCAUAUUGUGGUUGGUGCUCUCUAGAAAAGAGAUGUACAGUUCGUAGUGCCUGUCAAAAAGCAUCCCACAGUGCUCCCCGUUGGGUAUCUUUAGGAACAGGACAGCAAUGUAUAGAUUUUGAACAAGUAUUUCCCGAAAGAAUACCCAUCAAUCAAAUGACAAAUGUACGCCUUACUAUCAGAACCCUUCCUGCACUUCCUCCAGGUGCUAAGUAUAAAUGCGUGUUUGGUAAUGCAGAACCUAUAGAUGCAGAAAUGACAGAAAAUGGUCUGUCUUGCUUCACUCCUGAAAUAUCCAGACGUCCAAGGAUACCUCCAAAAAUGGACCACGUAUUGGUACCGCUCAGUGUUAGGUCAUCAGAAACUAACAAAGACUUCGUGUCUAGGAAUUUUGCUUAUUACGAUUGUGGAAAACACACCACUUGUGGAGAAUGUGUUCGAUCAAAAUGGGCAUGUAACUGGUGUGUUUAUGAGAAUAAAUGUACUCAUAAUAUAUCCAUGUGUCAAAGAAGUAUUAUUAGUGGAGAAAACAAUCCCACUCGUCUAAAUCGACACGGAUUUGCCUUUUGUCCCCAGUUUAAACGAAAAAGCGAGGUGAUUUUGUUGCCGAACAACGUUUUGAAAAAAAUUGUCUUUGAAGUUAUUAAUCUUCCUGAACCAUCACCCGUACACACUGGUUUUCAGUGUAUAAUAGUCAUAGAAGGUGCUACCAUGCUUGUUCCAGCUACAGUAGAAGGCAAAAAUAUUGUCUGCGAUAAAACAACAUACUCAUAUGAAGCCAAUGAAGGGGAAUAUGAGGCAAGUGUGAAAGUUGUGUGGAAUCACAAACAUCACGUAGAUUCGAUUAAUGUAACUCUGUACAAAUGUGAUAUACUAGGAUCUCACAGAGAACAUGCAGACUGUUCGCUGUGUGUGACCAGAAACUCAAAAUAUAAUUGCACUUGGUGCGGUAAUUCUUGUCAAUAUUCAGAAUCAUGUCAACAUACUCCUCAUAUUGAAUGCCCAAGACCUAGAAUUGAUAUGAUCAAACCAUUAAGUGGUCCUAUCGAAGGUGGCACUUUAGUAACUAUUGAGGGUAGUAAUCUCGGACUUAAAAAAGAAGAUGUUCAAGGGAAAAUUAAAAUAGGUGCCAUUCCUUGCGAAUUAGUUAAUUAUGAAGUUUCUGUUCGUAUUCAGUGCGUCACAGGGCCUUCUGGGGUUGAAAUGACUGCCCCAAUUCGAGUAGGAAAUGAAGCUGGAUACACAAAAUCCUCAGUAGAGUUUAGUUACAAAGAUAUAAGGUUAUCUGGUAUAUUUCCGUCAAUCGGACCGCAAUCUGGAGGUACCCAGUUAGCUAUUACAGGACAAUAUUUAAAUGUAGGCUCAGAAAUAACAGCAUACUUAGACGAGUAUGUGUGUCAAGUAAAUAUAACUCAAGCAUCUAGUGGAAGACUUACUUGCAUAACAUCUAGAUCUCACAAACCAACAAAUAUUGUUAGAUUAACACUCAGUAUAGAUGGCGCUAACAGAACUUUAGAAGGCAAUCCGUUCAAUUAUACACAAGAUCCUACUAUUAUGGAAAUAAAACCAUUGAACAGUUUUAUGUCUGGAGGAAAAAUGAUCUUUGUACACGGUACAAAUUUAGAUAGUAUUCAGAAGCCAGAAAUGGAAGUUUAUUCAGUGGAAGAACCUAAUGUUCCCAUUAAUAGAACAUUGUGCUCUGUACUAAGCAGUACACAGAUGGAAUGUCCUAGUCCUCCAGUUAAUAAGCAGUUUAGUAUUUAUAGCAAUAGACGACCAAGAUCUGUAAGAAAACCUGCAGCUAUAAAGAUGAAAGAACCUAAACUGAAUUUGAGGAUAGGAUUUAUCAUGGAUAACGUACUUUCUGUUAGAGACUUGGAAAAGCAUUUUCCAAACCUAAGAUCUCAACUGAUGUACGUAGAAGAUCCAAAAUUUUUCCAGUUUCCCAAUCAAAUUAAGUUAUAUCAGGGUGAUAGGCUAGUGAUAGAAGGGGAAAAUUUGAACGCAGCUAGUGAAGAGUCUGACGUUGUUGUUACAAUUGGUACUAAGUCAUGUAAUGUCACAGGCCUGGCAAUGAUACAACUUGUUUGUGUUCCACCAGAACAUCAGCCUCCAGGGACUGACGAAAAUGGCUUCAAGACUGAAAACAACCUUCCAUUAGUAGUAGUUAGAGUAGGAAAAAGUUUAAGAUUCCCUAUUGGAUAUUUGCAAUAUGAUAUUUUCAAGUCUUUCACAUUUCCACCUGAAGCAAUCAUUAUGAUUGCAGUCGGGACGAUAUUAUUUAUUUUGUUCUUUGUUGCUGUACUAUUUGUUUACCGAAGAAAAUCCACUCAAGCUGAAAGAGAAUAUAAAAGGAUACAGAUCCAAAUGGAUACUCUAGAGAGUAACGUUAGAUCUGAAUGUAAAUUAGCGUUUGCUGAACUCCAAACUGAUAUGACUGAUCUAACUGCCGAUUUAGAAAAUUCUGGUAUACCCACUUUAGACCACACCAGUUACAUAAUGAAAGUAUUCUUUCCUGGCGUCAGCGAUCAUCCUAUUUUGAACGCACCCAAGGUACGAUUAAAUGGUCCUAGAACAAAUUAUGAUACAGCGAUGCUACAAUUUGAGCAAUUGAUAAAUAAUAAACACUUUAUACUUACAUUUAUAGAUAUAUUGGAGUCUCAAAAGUCUUUUAAUAUUAGAAAUAAAGUUAACGUAGCGUCCUUACUAAUGGUAGUUUUAAUGGGGAAAAUGGAAUAUGCAACAGAUAUUCUAAAAAGUUUAUUAUUACGUUUAAUCGAAAAAUCUGUAAAUACAAAACAUCCACAAUUGAUGUUAAGACGAACUGAAAGCGUUGUAGAAAAAAUGUUAACAAAUUGGAUGGCUUUGUGUAUGUAUCACUAUCUGAAAGAAUAUGCUGGCUCUUCGCUCUUUUUGUUAUUUAAAGCUAUCAAACAUCAAAUAGAAAAAGGGCUAGUUGAUGCAAUUACUCAUGAUGCCAGAUACUCAUUAUCCGAGGAAAGACUUUUAAGAGAAAAUGUAGAAUACAGUGUUGUGACAUUGCACAUUGUCCAAGACGAUCUUGACGAAAAAAUUCAAUGCAAAGUUUUAGAUUGUGAUACUAUCAGUCAAGUAAAAUCGAAAAUACUAGACGCCCUUUUCAAAAACACUCCUUUUUCAUUAAGACCCUCGAUCUAUGAGGUAGAUUUAGAGUGGAGACAUGGAAGAGGGGGCCAUUUAACUUUACAAGAUGAAGAUUUGACAACGAAAACGAUAUGUGGUUGGAAAAAACUGAAUACUUUAGCUCAUUAUGGAGUUAAAGAAAGUGCUGUAAUGUCUUUAAUAUCGAGACAAAAUGAUAGUUUUAACAAUUGUAAACAACCCUGCCAUAACUGUGUCACUGGAAUGUAUCUGAAUAAUUCUCACUCACCUAUUAUAACAACAAAUGGUGAUAUCGAAGCAGCUAAUAACCCAAGAAUAUAUCACUUGAUCAAGCCCAUCGAUGAUCACCAAUUCCCUAAUAACAAAAUGGUCGAAAGAACUCAUAAAGCUAUUCCAGAAAUAUUUUUAACAAGGCUAUUAUCUACGAAGGGCACUAUUCAGAAAUUUGUCGACGAUUUCUUUAUGACAAUUCUAACUGUGAACGAAGCUUUGCCUCCGGCAGUAAAAUGGUUGUUUGACUUACUAGAUGAUGCUGCUAGAAAACAUGGCAUUCAAGAUCCAGAAGUGGUACAUGCUUGGAAAUCCAACAGUCUUCCUCUGAGGUUUUGGGUUAACUUUAUUAAAAAUCCCGAUUUCAUUUUCGAUAUCAACAAAACUACAACUUUAGAUUCUUGUCUGUCUGUUAUUGCCCAGACGUUUAUGGAUUCUUGCUCUACUACUGAACAUAGAUUAGGAAAAGACUCGCCAUCCAAUAAAUUACUGUUUGCCAAGGAUAUACCAAGGUAUAGAGAAAUGGUUUCUCAGUUCUAUAAUGAUGUUGCUAUGUUGCCAGUAAUAACAGAUCAAGAAAUGGGAUCUGCUAUGCAGCAAUUAUCUGCACAACAAGCAGAGGAAUUCGAUACCGUAGCGGCUUUAAAAGAACUUUACAUAUAUGUUACUAAAUAUAGAGAACCAAUUCUAGAAGCAUUUAGCACAGAUCUUAAUUGCCGGCGUCAACAUCUGGCACAAAAACUGGAAAACGUUGCUUAUACAUUAGGAGGGGAUGAAAAUUCAACUUGCUGACCUCAACGGUCACCUGAUCCUCUGCUGCCUAGAACCUUGGCGCCCUGAUUCCAAGCAUAAGUUCACAUGCAUGCUUUUCGCUAACCAAAAUAAUUGACCAAACAAAAACACAAGAUUAAAUUCAAUUGAACAAAUAAGUAUAUGAAAUUGAAUUUUUUAUUUGAUUGUGUAGCUUUUAAACUAAAGUGAAAGUUAUUUUCUCUAGUAUAUUUGUUUGGUCUAAAACCAAAAGUCAAUUCCAAAAGGUUUGUGCUGCUGUCUAAUAAAUAAUUAUUUUUUUAACGUUUUUACGAUGCUUCGAGUUAUUUUUUACAAUAUUUAGAGGAUUUUGAAUGCUUAAAAGUUCCUAUGUGUUAAAGAGAAGUUACUUUUUGCACCUAAAUAUGUAAACACAAAAACUUAUGAAUGGAUACAACUACAGUUCUUAAUUUAAUAAAUGUAUGAGGUCUGAUAUAUUUAAAUAUAUUUUAUCUGUCACAUUUCACAGCCGUUCGUUCCAUUUCAUAUGUUAUGUUGUAAGGGUUAUAUUGUUCAUUUUUUACUAGAUCAUAAUUAUAAUUGCAAUUCUCACUCACUAACAACAUUGUUAGAACCCACAGUGAAUUAUAAAAGUUAACAUAUUUAGAUCUUUGAAAAUAAUUUCUAAUUAAAUAAUUAGAAAAUAUAUAACCUGUAACCGUAUAUAAGAACCUAUAAAAGUGUUGGUAUCAGGUACAGUAUUAUUUCACAUUUUUAAGAAACUUUUUAUGUUGCUAAUUGAUGAAGUUGGAUGAAGGUAACAAUAAUAUGGAAACUCUUAAAGUGAGGUUUUUCUGUUCAUUGAAAAAUUUAAUUUUAAUGAGAUAAAACACCAGAUAGAUCUCAACAAUCAAAUCGAUGUAAGAAUAUUACCAAUAAUUGAUCGCUAUAAAUUCGUUAUCGCAAAAUAUGAGACUUUUCGUAAGUCUCUGAUGGGUGUGAUUUCAACAUUGUCUUCUGUUUGAAUACUUUCUUUCUGAUCUAUUAUAUAACAUAAGCAUUCCUGUAUAAUUCCACCUUUAACUUACACACUUGCUAAGUUAGUUUUGUAGAUAUGUGAGUCUAUGAAUAUUUGUAACAUGAGUUUUCUGAUUUAAUUAAAAAAAUCCCUAUAAUCAUUUCAGUGGAAAAAAACUUUCAAAAUCCAAACUGCUGUUAUAUCUCAUAUGUUAAAGGCCCAUAUGUAACCUUAUCUUCAAUAAAUUUUCUAAAUUUUUUCUCUUAGUUUAAUAAAGAACGUUUUUAUUAUAGUUAUUUUUUUAUAUUUCUAUUAUGAAAAUAUUAAUAUAGUAAUUUUUAAAAAAUGUGAGAUUUUCUUUAUAUGGAUAAAGUUUAGAACAUCACUUAGUAACAUUUCUUUUUUGACAUCAACAAUGAGUUUUCUAUAACUAUCCCUUCAGGGUUAACAAUUAUUAUAGCUCUUUAUAAAGGUUCAAAAUUUUAAUAGAUCACAUUGAAAGAUUCACAUAUCUCAAAGACAAAGUCUCCUAUUCAAAGAAAGUAUAUUCUUUCCCUAGAUUUACUUCUACUUAAUGUCUCUGUUAUGUAUAAUUUAUGAGUAUAGAGUCAACUGAACAGCCCAGAAUAUUUGUAUCCAUUUGUGGAAACUGUUUAAAAUGUUUGCGGAAAAAUUUUAUUUCAGUGGGGGGUAAAACACCUGGUAGCUCUCUCCACAAUCAUAUGGAUAAAAGUUUCAACAAAUCUUCAUUCUCAUAUCUUAGUAAAAAGCGAUCUAAGUUUAGACAAUUCUCUAUGAUAACUUCACCUAUAUCAAAGACAAAGUCUCUUAUUCAAAGAAACUAUAUUCUUUCCAUAGAUUUACUUCCACUUAAUUGCUCUGUUAUAUAUAAUUUAUGAAUAUAAAUAGAGUCAACUGAACAGCCCAGAAUAUUUGUAUCCAUUUGUGGAAACUGAUUAAAAUAUUUGCGGAGUUGUAUUUUGGUGGGGGUAAAAAACUUGUUUGCUCUUCACAUUCAUAUGGAUAAAUGUUCAUUUUUAUAUAUGACAAUUUCAAUUCAUUAGAGAUAUAACAGUAGUUCAGUUUUUGAUUUAGAUUGCAAUGUAUUCAUUAUUCCAUUUUCAGUAUUCAUUCAAAGAAACAUAUCAAAAAAUCUUUCAUAUGCUAUACUGAAUUUCUCAAUUCGAAAUUUAAAAGUGAAUGAAUAUAGUAUGAUUGCAUAUUAAUCUUGUUACCUUGAUGCAACUGGUGUAUUAGUUAAAUAUAAGAAUUUUCUGCUUGUGUGAAACAUCGAUAGAGAUAUCUGAAAACACAUUUUUUUCUGACGAGAUCAAAUUAGAACCAUAUUUAUACCGAGUAUUCUAAAAAAACUUUUUAUAGAAUUUUUUUAGUUUUCUAGAAAUUUUGUCACUUUCGUAGCUCUAAACUUUGUGAAUAGCAUGGCCAAUAAAAAUUAAUAUUGGUCGCGAAUUAUUGCUAGAAACUAACUUGUUGGACCGCCGAACUCCAAAGAAAAGUUAAAAAAGAUUUUAAACUUCAACUUUGCGUUGCAUUUAAAAAAAAUUAAAGGUGAUAAUAAGCUUCUCAUUUUUUAAUAACAUCGCUAGAGUGUUGGCUUUCUAACGGUAUGUAGUUUGUUUCGAUAUCUUUUUUCUAACUGGAGUUAGUUUUUUACGUAGUGGGACCUUUUCGACGAAAUUCGACUUCAUGUAAAGUUACAGAUUUUUCCUAAAAUCAAUACAAGUAUUAAAAUAAUUAAAGAAACCUUAAAAUCAUCAUUUGAUUUAAAUUUUGUUCAAAUUGGCGCCCCUCAUUGGUUAUCUCUGCAUCGUUUGCGUAUUUUCACUGUAGUAGUCCGCAACAACAUCUCUUGUUUCAUUGUUUCGAAUGCAGCGUCAAUCCGAUGAAUUAAUUAUUCACGGCUUGUGACAACUGUGGUGUAUACUAAAUCUUUGGCCCUUCCCCAGACACAUAAAAUCGAUAGGGGUGAGGUUGGGCGAUCGCGGGGGCCAAGGAAUUGGACCACCCCUACCAAUCCACGAGUUGGGGAAGGCGUUGUUCAAUAAUUCCCUCAUAUUCAAGCUCCAAUGAGCCGGGCAGCCGUCAUGUUGGAAUACAAUUCGCGCAUCUUCCUGAAAUACUUCUUCCACUAACUCAGGUAGGUCAUUCAUCAGAAAUUCUAAGUAGUUCUAUCCAUUCAAAUUGUCCAGUAAAUAAUGCGGCCCUAUUAACCGGUUGCCGAUCACACCUGCCCAAACAUUUACGCUAAAUCUUCUUUGGAAAGCCCUAUGUCUCUGGACGCGUGGGUUUGCGAGUUUUGGUGCCCAGUAGAGUGUAAAUUGGGCUCGUAGUACUCCAAAAGUAAAAGAGAAAAAAUAUACACCCCACAAAAAUUAUCGCAUAACUCAUUAUUUUUUAAAUAUUUUAAAUGUGUUUAAUCUACAGAGGACAAAAAGUUUGAUUUACCAAAACAGAAAAUAUCAAAAAAAAAAAUGUACAAAACAUCUAUAAAAAAAAUGAACUAAAAUCAGCCAAUUAAUUUCUAAUAGCGUGUGUUGCCGCCUCUCGCUCUAAUUACAGCUUCCAUUAGUCUCGGAAGGUUUCUAAACAGGUUCUGAACUUAUCCUUGCGGCAUGUUUUUCCAGAUGGUGAAAAGAACAUUUUGAAGAUCAUCUAGUGUUCUUAUUGGUGCCGGAUGUUGCUGAAUUUGCCAUCCUAGACAAGCUCUAUUCGGUUAAGGUCCGGGCUACGUGCAGGCCAAUUCAAGGUGGGUAUCUCGACCUCUUCUAAGUACUGCCGAACCACCCUAGCAGCGUGUAGUCAAGCAUUAUCGUGCAUUAGCACAGAGUUGUUACCGAUAUGAGGCAUAUAGGGCAGUACAUGGGGUUCUAGAAUAUUGGUUAUGUACCUAUCAGCAUCUAGCCUUCCAUCAUUCACUGGUACUAACUCCGUGCGACCCUCGAAAGAAAUUCCUCCCCAAACCAUGAUGGAGCCACCACCAAAGCUUUCAGUUUGAAAUUUGAAAAUUAACCUGAUCACCACGUCGCCUAUAUACUGGGGCACGCCUUUCUGAUGAAUACAGACAAAAUCUUGAUUCAUCUUGCUACUCGAUGUUCUCUGGUAAGACGUGGACCUCUAGCUGGCACUCUGGCACGUAUACCUGCUUCUCUCAGCAUAUUUCGAACUGUUUGUAGGUUUAUUUGGACAUUACGAGCAGCCAACAGAUCUAUUUGCAGCCUUCGAGCGGUGGUAUGCCUAAUUUUUAACGCCGUUAACUACCGAAGUCACCCUUCCGCAGCCUUGUCCGGAUCUUCUGGUUAGCUGCCCUGUUUCUUGGUAGCAAAUAACAACUUUGCUUUGUUGAGCUCCAAUUACCCCGGCGACGUAUCUUUCACUGCGACCAUCUUGUAUGAUCCCGAUGAUUCUAGCGGCUUCUUCAUUCGUCACAGGUUUUGUUAAACGUUGAGGCACAUCCAUUAUUAACAAAAUAAAUUUAAAUUUUCACUAUACAAUAACACAAUUUGCUUAGAAAGUUCUCGAUCUCAAUGCAUUUUCCAAGACAGAAAUGCUUUUAAAAAAAUUUGUAAGAAAUUGUGAUAUUUUUUUGCCCAUGAUAAGAAACCAGAAAUAUGUAUUAAGUUAAUACAUAUACAGAUUGUCCCAAAAAACUAAAAUUAAGUAUUAAAAAUAUCCUAAAAUACCAGUGAUGCGAUAAUUUUUGUGGGGUGUAUAUAUAAUAAUAAGCGUGCUAGAGUGAAACACUACCAUUAUUACCAGUUUAAUUUUUAUUGGCCAUGCCAUUCACAAAGUUUAUAGCUACGAAAGUGACAAAAUUUCUAAAAAAAAAUCUAUAAAAAGUUUUUUAAGACCUGGAUUUAAGAUAUUAAAUGACCCCUUCCAACGAUCUGCCGAACACCCUGUAUUUUCUAAUCAUUUAAUUGACAUUGGAAAUGAACUAAUAAACUGUUCAUAUAUAGUUCAAACAAUGUUAUUUAAUUAAAAAUUGUUGUCAAAGAUCAGAAAGAAACUAUUCAAACAAAAGACAAUAUUGAAAUCACAUUUAUCACAGAAUUAUGAAAUAUUUUGGAAAACGAAGAAAAUUCUCCUAAAUAACGAAUUUAUAAUGACCAAUUAUCACUUUGGUUAAUUUUUUUGUGAUAUUUUUUUAUCCAUUUGAUUUUUGAGAGAUACCUGGCGUUUUACCUCCAUUAAUAUAGUAUUUCAGUGAACACAGUUUCCACAACAAAAUACAAUUAUUCUAUGUCUCUAUGUGGAUCCUAUGCAAAUAUCAUAUUAAUAUAAGCUCAAAAAAUCUCUGGUGUACAUCUUCAGGAUAAAGGAGAAGAAACUUUCAUGUUAAAUCAUAAUCAUUUUAAUAGAAAAUCAAAUUAUAUAUAAUAUUGAGGAUGUGUUGAAACGUUUAUCCAUAUAAUUAUGGAGAGCUAUCAAGUGUUUUACCCCCCAUUGAAAUACAAUUUUUCCUCAAACAUUUUAAACAGUUUCCACAAAUGAAUACAAAUAUUCUGGGCUGUUCAGUUGACUCUAUUUAUAUUCAUAAAUUAUAUAUAACAGAGCAAUUAAGUGGAAGUAAAUCUAUGGAAAGAAUAUAGUUUCUUUGAAUAAGAGACUUUGUCUUUGAUAUAGGUGAAGUUAUCAUAGAGAAUUGUCUAAACUUAGAUCACUUUUUACUAAGAUAUGAGAAUGAAGAUUUGUUGAAACAUUUAUCCAUAUGAUUGUGGAGUGAGCUACCAGGUGUUUUACCCCCCACUGAAAUAAAAUUUUUCCGCAAACAUUUUAAACAGUUUCCACAAAUUGAUACAAAUAUUCUGGGCUGUUCAGUUGACUCUAUUUAUACUCAUAAAUUAUAUAUAACAGACAUUAAGUAGAAGUAAAUCUAGGGAAAGAAUAUACUUUCUUUGAAUAGGAGACUUUGUCUUUGAGAUAUGUGAAUCUUUCAAUGUGAUCUAUUAAAAUUUUGAACCUUCAUAAAGAGCUAUAAUAAUUAUUAACCUUGAAGGGAUAGUUAUAGAAAACUCAUUGUUGAUGUCAAAAAAGAAAUGUUACUAAGUGAUGUUCUAAACUUUAUCCAUAUAAAGGCAAUUUCACAUUGGAUUUUUUUUUAAAUUACAAUAUUAAUGUUUUCAUGAUAGAAAUUGGAAAAAAAUAACUAUAAAAGAAUAAGUUAUCCACUGCAAAUAAACAAAAAAUAUAAAUUCACGAUUUUAUGUAUUAAAAGACUUUAAUGUAAUUGUGAGUGAGAAAUGUUAAUAUGUGUACUCCAUGAGUUUUGGAAUUUCAUCUUUAGCAAACAUGAUUGUUUCAAAUUGAAAAUGUUACUAUGAAAUACAAUGUGAAAAACAUUGAUUUCAAACUGAAAGAAAAACGUCACUAAAGGAAUUGAAUUUUUUUUAUACAAAAACUAAGUAUCCUAAAACAUAACUGGUAUAUUAGACACUUCUGGAUUACACAUUGAAUUUUAUAUCUGCCAAUAAAGCUGACAGCAAAUCAGUUAUUUUUUGAAACAUACCAAGAAAAAGUCCUAAUUUUAGCAUGAUUUUUAAGAUUACCACCCAUUAUUGCCUAGUAAUAGCAGCAAGAGCCUUUUUUCUUUAGUAUUUUUAAUUACUUAAUUGUACUUAGUGAAAAGAUACAUACAUCUUACAUUUUUGUAAAUAGACUCUUAUUUUGUGACGAAUCAGGGACACAAACUUCGCUGUGGUCUCUUCAAUAUUUUUACGUAUUCUGAUUAGUUUACCUCGGUAUAUCUUGUGUUUCAGUGGCUUCUCUUCUGUGUGAAUUGUUAACAGCAGAUUAAAAUUAUAACUGAUUUGAUAUUGUCUGAUUUAUCUAUUUAAUUUAGUUACUAGCUGUAGUAUACUUGUUAUACGUUGUUAUUAUAUACAUAAUAAAAUAAAACCAGAUAAUAGAGAAAAGCAUGUUUGUGUUUUUGAGCGUGUUAUACUGUGAUAUGGCGCAUGAUCAGGUGACUGUGAUUGGAUGCGUACUUACCCUCCAGCGGCUGCUAGUUUCCUUUAUUCGAGUGCCUCGCUACGCUGAUGGGACGUGACAAGGACAGUGUAUACUCGCAAUGGCGCAAAAUCCUUUUGCGCACUUCUGUUCGGUCCGGUUAGCCUAGUUAAGUAGAAAUUUAUAGAAAUUUUCUUCAACAUGUAAUGGACUGACUGUAAGUUGUUGAUGAUAUUUUUUUUAAUAAUAUAGACCAUCCAAAAAAGUAACUAUGAAUUUGAAGUUGUAAAAAUUAUUAUCAAAUAAAGAAUAUUUUUCCAAAAAACUCCUGAGCACUAAAAAUUUAGGUAUAGAAAAAUCUAGAAAAAGGCAGAUUAUUAAAGCACACAUUUUUAUUUGAUGCUUUUUAAAAUACUGUAAUGUUGUAGAUCAUUUUGAAAGCACUGUAAUUUAUAAAUUUCUCUCGAAUCCUAUUAUUUACCUAUACCCGACUUCUACAUAUCUUAAAAUUACAGUUUACUUAAUUUCCAGUUAAUUAAUAAAUUGCAGUUGUAUUAUAUAUUCUAUAUACAUAUUUUCAUUAUUAGUAAUAUAAAAUGUCCCCCAACGUAUUUCUCAUGAAUGUUGGUGGGGCAUUCUAAUAAUAUCAAGCCCUAGUAAUCUCAAAAUUGCUCUCUUUUCAAUUUUAGUGAUAUCAACUUGAGAAAAUUAUUUUUUAUUGAACAGUUCUAGUUUGAACGUUUUGAUAUAAUGAUAAUGAAUACUUACAAAUAAUGAGUAGACUUCAUUAGUAUUCCAAGUAAGAAAAUGGCAAAGUCUAGCUUUAAAUAUAAUCUAAUGUUUGAUAAUUUUUAUUUAAUCUGUUUAACGCAAUUUCUUAUGAUAUCUGACUAGUUAGUUCAUUUGUUAUUUGUAAAUGUUCUGUAUUAUAUGUAAUGUUAGAGUUCAAUCAAUUAAAUCUAGUUUCAUUUCCAGAACUUGGUUCUGUUAUUUUUUAAAAAUGUAAGUUGUGGUUGACAAUGCUGAGCCAAAAAACAAAAGUGGGUCGAAAUUUAUAAAUAAUGUGCAAUAUUUGACUAGACAAAUGAAGGUCAAAUAUAUGAGGAAUUGUUUCAUAUAUCAUAGAUUUGAUAAAAAUUUGGACACAUCGUGAUAUGAAACUAGGAAAUUAAACAGACUUCCUUACACUAAUGGUCCAGGAGGAAUCGGCGCACGAGUACCAAAAACUAUUCCACCUCAAUUCUUUUGUGCUAUCCCCUUCAAAUUCCCUACUGAUGAUAUAAAUGCAACCCUGUGGCAAAUUGCUUAAACCGAAAUUGUUUAAACAAUGCAAGGAAUUGUUAUUUUUCAACCGGACAAAUUUUUUUAUUGAAAUACAAAAAUAUUAACUUUAACGUGAAAAGUCAUAGGACCUUUAUUUUUAUUUAUAUUUCAAUAACAAAUAUAAAAAAAUUUGUCCGACUGAAAAAUAACAAUUUCUUGCAAUUGUUUCAACAAUUUCGAUUUAAACAAUAUUCCACACGCACUUAUAUGAAAAAAAUUUAGGUGGAAUAGUUUUCGGUACUCACGCGCCGAUUUCUCCUAGACUAUAAGUCAGAAUAGUGAAUUUUUAGAAAUCUGCAAUUGAAAUUUUUUUGUUUUUAUUAUGCUUGCAUUUGAAUAUAACAGGAAGUAUGCAUUUUAAACUUUUCCACCUAUUUUUUAAUGAAGUAUUCUAAAAGAUCUGUACAAGGAAGUAUAAUUUCGAAAUUUUUGAAGAAAAAAACGCGUGUUUCACAAAAUACUAUAUAAAAACGGGAGAAAUAAAAGGCAGCUCUAGGAAUGAACCAAAACUAGACUAGACAUAUUUUCAUUAGUUUUCUUUCUCGCUACUUUCGUUGAUAUCUGGUAAGGUAAUUGGUUCACGACUUCUAUUAGUUCUUAUAGAAGUCGUGAAAUGUGUCGGAAAUCUAAGGCAUAACUUUAAAUUCUUUUUUUUUUUUCACUAUUGACGGGAUUGGAGCCAUUGUAUCACAAUGUUAUUUGUUGGCCACGAUUUAGCUUUUCUCAAGAAGUCAACCAUUUUAUUUUUCAAUUCUUCCAAAAUGGUAUUACAUUCAAGAAUACCGGGAUUUUGAGACACCAUUCAUGAUAGUUUUUUCCCUUGUCAGUAACGUUUCUUUAUUAUAAAGAGUUUUAUACAAAGUUUGAAAUUAAAAAAAAAUUAACUAGAAAAGGCUUUGCAUUCCCACACAAGCGGACCAAAUUAACUAGUUUAGCGAUUCCUCUAUUGGACAAAGAUAUCGUGUCUUUUUCUUCUCUAUAAUUGAGUGUGUCCAGGAAUGUGAAAUUUAAGGAUAAUGGAAUAUAUAUUGGGAUUAUUUUUUUAAAACCAUCAAAUACAUGGUUGGUAAAAACGAAUUUUUUUUGACCAGCACGCCCAAAUUUGAGAUUUUCGAACCUUUCAAAAUUCAUAUCUCUAAAAAUAUUAACUUUAUUGUGAAAAAAAUUGGCCGCUUGAAAAAUAACAUUCCUUGAAAUUGUUUAAAUAAUUUUGGUUUAAGCAAUAUGGCACGGAGUUGCCCAAUUUAUCACUAGAGCAAUUUGAAUAGGAUCAUAUAAAAAAAUUGAGGUGAAAUAGUUUUUGGUACUCAUGCGCCGAUUCCUCUUGCGCUAUUAGUCAAAGGAAGUUAUCAAACUACUGAAUUUCCUAGUUCCAUUUCACGAUGUAUCCAGUGAUUUGCCCAGCAGUCAUGUAUGGAACAUAACAGUUAUUGUGUAGUUAUAUUAUAAAUCCGUGUGGACUUUCUAUAGCUUGACUUCGAUAUUCUGACGUGAGACUUCAUGAAUAUUUUGGAUUAUGGGAGCGGGGAAAGUUUAGGUCUUCCACAAACAUUACUUAAGUCAUUGAUAACUUCAACAUUCAGCACCUCCAUUGAAGGAAAAAGAAAACUAAGUUCUAGUUUUAUGACAUAUUUUAAAAGUGGUUUAUAAGAGUUAACAAUAUACAGUCAGUAGUUUAUAUGGGAAAUAGUGAUCUAUGCCGGAACUUUAUUUAAUGUGAAAUAGUCUUCAAGUCCAGUGAUUUGUACGUUACUAUUUAAAUUUUGUUCAAUAUAAAUUAAUGCAAUGUAUCUUAAUAUUUUUUUGUAAAUAUAAUAUAAAUUGUGCAUAUAGAUUAUUAACGGAUUUAUAAAAGUGUUUAUAAUUAGGCGUACAUUCAUCGAUAAUAUAUUAUUAGUAGGCUAGUACUUUUCAGGAGAAAACCAUUUGUCACAUUAGUGAUUAUAAAAAAAUUGAUUUAUUAAAAAAACGAUCAGAUUUAAAGACACCGAAUAGAAUAUAGUGAUUAUCAAUAUUAUCUCAUAAUAGUUAUACAAUACUUUUAAUUCUUAUUAUUGAAAUAUUUCACUAAAAAUUGCGGCUCUUACCUGGAUCCAUGUUUCCGUCCAUUUUCACUUUGCAACACUCCACUAAAGCUAUAAUAUUUACCUUUUCGGAUUACCCAUUACAUGUUCCAAUUUUCUUUUACUCAUAUGUAUUCCAUUUUUUUGUCACUAUUUUGCAAGUUAAAUGACCUAGCUUAGCACAAUUGGAAUGAAAUUUAAAUAACAGAUGGUCGAAUACAAAAUAAAUAUUUUUUGCAAUUACAUUUUUAUAAUCUGGACUAAAAGGCAAUGUCUGAAGAGAGCCUUGAAAGUAUAAAUGUAUAUUAUAAAUCUCAGAAAAACUUGUGUGUUUGUGUUGUAAAUAUUGUGACAUAUUAUGAUUUUUUUCUCGAAAGGCACGAGCUUAAUUAUUAGAUUGUGUUAGGUAUAAUUUUUUAUUGUAAACAAUUUUUACAAAUCCUAUACAUGUAGUAAACCGCUUGUUUAUAAUGUGGCUACCGAGAAAUGAUAUAUAAUAUCCAUACUAUUUUUAUUGCAACCUAUCUAUUUAAAUUUGAGAUAUUUUAAUAGCAGACACAUUCUAAAUGAGCCUUGAUAAAUUUUUAUAAUUAAAAUAUGGAUGUCUCAAUUUUCAAAUUUAAUGAUACAAAAUGUUAGUGAAAAUACAGUUAUUUAUAUGCAUUUUACUUGUUUUUUUUUAAAUUCUAUUUUUUACUUACUGAUUUCAUUGUAAUAUAUUCCUUUCAAGCAGCUUAAAAAUUUCUUAUACUUUUUGUUAAAGUGAUCGUGAAUUAAAGCUUUUUAUAUAAAAGUGUAUUGUUUAGUGAUAUUUUUUUACUCUAUUAAACAUGUAUUCCAUA